AUGGGGAUGGAAGAGAUGCAAGCAACCAAUAAGUUCAGAAGACAUCUGACCAGAGUGACGGCGUUUCUUCUUGGCGCUCUUGUCCUCGGAAUCGUCUGCCUUGGCUACGAUGCCCAUGUUCUCAGUGCUCUUCCAUCAACCGUUUCUGCUGUCAAUAAGUGCUCUUGGGAUACAUUCAUAGUCUACGUCAAAGUCUUCGUCGCCAUGGAUGCCAUUGCCGUCGCUUUCAUUCUCCUCUCCUUCCUCGGCGGCUGCCUCCUUAGCCGAAACACUACUGGUCAAUUCGCUCAAGCCAAACGAAUGAAAUUUAUCAAAGUUCUCAUCGUUUUGACCGCUUUUGCUCUUGCCGCUGAUAUCGUCGCCGAAAUCAUCCGAAUCUUGUUCUUCGCAAAUCUCCUUGGCUGGGAAUAUGAAAAUACCUGGGAUUGUGCCGUCCCAAUGUUUGACAUCACGAACACGAUCCAAAGUGGUGCUGGAAGAGCCCUUGUUGCCAGAAUUCAGACCGAUCUUUGGUGGUUCUACCCCUUUACAACUUUCGUCUGUGGAUUUGCCGCCUUUGUUCUCCGAGCACUCGCCUUCGCCAGAGCUUUCCACAUGCUCAAGGCGAACAAGGUUGCUUAA